AUGACCGCCACACCAACCUCGAACAUGGCGCAAACCAUCAACCUCUUAUCCAUGCCCACCGAGGUGCUCGACGAGAUUGCGACAUUGCUUCCUCGACCAGCACUUCAUGCCCUCGCCCUGACUAGCAAGAAGACGUACAACUCGGCCGUGGAUAUGCUGUACAAAACCUAUCUAAACCGUACCAAACCUGCCAAAGCCCCUUUCUACCUCUUUCUGCGUACCCUAUGCGAGCGUCCUGAUCUUGCGGCCAAAGUCAAACGUGUGGAUAUCCGCGGCUGGCGGUCAGAGUAUGAAGUGGUGACUGGAGCUGCAUGGAGGGGUGUGAGAGAAGUCAGGCCCACCGACCACGUCGAGCGAAGCGGCCCAUCCUUUUCGAGUACUGAGAAGGCUGUACGUGGAUCGAGUUCCGACAGACUCAAGCUGUUCUCCGGAGCUGCUCUCAAGGCUGGAGUGAUCGCAGAGCCCGCACCGCCCACGGUUCUGGCACUGAAGUCGAGCGUCGUAUGGUACUCAACUCUCAGGGACGACGAUGAUUUCAACCGGCUGCUUGUGCGCGGCGUGGAAGAUGCGCACGUUGUCCUCAUGUUGGCGCUGCUCCCCAACUUGAACGACCUCUUUGUUGAUGGCUUGAGCCCAUUUCCGCUACUCGACUGGCACACGUUUCUCUCUCGCUCCACUACGAUGCCGCUCUGCAGGCUGUCAUGGUUUCGCAUCUACGGGUCUAUCAACACUAUCUCCGAGCCCAUGGUCAAGAGCAGUCUUCAAAUCCUGGACAUGAUGCCCGACCUCCAGAAGCUUCGUAUGAGCGAGAUGGCCAUUGGGGAACACAGUCUUGCAUCCCACCGGACCCUGCCCUCUAGGAAGCUAAGGAAUGUAAACUUUCGUCAGUGCGGCGUGGACGUUCGACUUGUUCAAAAACUCCUAGAUGGCCAGCAGCUGCACCAUUUCAUCUAUGUGCCUGACUGUGUACACUGUGAUGAGACCACAGGAGGGUAUGUUGGCUUGAAGGAUAUCCUGACGCCACUUGCCUCAUCAAACACCACGCUCGAGAAACUGGUCCUAUUCCCAUGGACGCCGGAUGAACAAUCGUCCCUGUUCAAGUACGAAAAGCUCAAGGAGUUGGAGAUACCUAUGGGUGUGUUGAACAUACCAACAACCGAACUGGACCCUGAAGAGAUCAAAUCUUUUCUUCUCAAACAGUUCCCACCCACCAUGGCCACACUUUACCUCCGCUACUUGAGCUAUACUAGGCAGACCAACAUCGUCCUGGAGCAGCUUGUUCGACUUAAGGAGGAGGGUUUUCUACGAGAGCUUCAAGGUGUACGUCUGAACUUCUUCAGACUUCUGACGCCAAUGAACCCCAUGGUAGUUGAUAUUCUGGGCCAGAUCCUAGUAGACACUGCUGUUAUUCCAGUAAAGCCCAAGAUCAUGGCAGACUUUGGGAAGAUGUUUGAGGGAGCUGGCAUGAUACUGAAAGUGCACCAAAGCGAGCAAUCACACACGUUUUGA